AACUUUGUUUGUUAGUUUGUUUUUUAGUUGCAAAAACAGUUUCGUACCGCCGCAAAAACGAAUUUGACAUAAGAAAAUAAACGAAUUCCUGUUUUCAUCCUGUUUGCAUUAGGAUUCAAAAAUAGUAAAAUGAGUGAUUCGUGUGAUAUACCUGAAGAUUUUACUAUAAUAAAAGCGGAUUUUUCGAUUGUGUGUCGCUGCUGUUUAGCAACAGAAGGACUGACCCAGAUCUUCCGGACGAAUCAAAUAAUGGUUAAUGAACUAGCAGAACUGCUAGAACCCAGCUAUAUUCCUAUUGACCAAAAAGAUGGUUUGCCUAACUUUUUGUGUGAAAAGUGCACCGAGUGUUUACGAAAUUGGCAUUGUUUUCGAACAAAGUGCUUAGAGUCGUAUAGUUUUCUUGAGGGAUUGAAAAUGGAUUGUCAAAUAGAAGCCCUGGAAGAAGCAGAGGAACUCAUCGGCACCGAUAUUGUCGUACAGAAUGUCAAGUUCGAACAUAUAUACAUCGAAACGGGACAAACAGAAUGUGAUUAUCCGGAUGACUUGAGCGACAGAGUCGUUGAAGUAAAAGUAGAAAUGUUGCAGCCGACUCACGAUAAAGAAAUUGAAACAGAGCAAACAAACAAGCAUGAAGAGAGGGGUGGCCAGACCGCUAAGGCCAAAGAUAAAAAACGUUAUGACUAUCGCCGGCAAUGUCCAAUUUGUGGUCUGGUCCUUAGGAGGGGUCUCAAGGAACACUUGCUGGUGCAUAGCGAUCCAACAGGAAGACCGUUCAAAUGCGAACAAUGUGAUAAGACUUACUGUCGCAAAGAAAAUCUCCGUCAGCAUCAGGAGCGUGAACAUUUGAUGAUUCGCUAUCCUUGUGACGUAUGUGGUAAAAUUUUUAGCACUAAGGAUAUUCUAUCAGUCCAUAGAAAGUUGCAUAACUCUGAUGUUCAGUACCGGUGCGAUCAAUGCGAUCAAAUAUUUACUUCCAAUAAGUACCUGUAUAAACACAAGCAGAAACAUCUGGGAGUAAAAAAGUUUAUGUGUACUUUUUGUGGGAAAUCUUUCCUAGUAGGUGAAUAUCUUAAAGAACACUUGCGUGUUCAUACCGGAGAACGGCCCUUCAGUUGUAAAAUUUGCGCCAAGAAGUUUCGAACGAUGAAUCACUUGCGGCAGCAUGGUCGAACUCACCGAGCACCUCCAAACAACGAGAAUGUUGAGUCAGAGAAAACCGACAACAACAAAAUUGUGCCAAAUCCGAAACCAGCAGAUCAGUCUAAUAAACAAUAAAAGAUAUGAUUCAGAGUUGAUUUUGCAUCUUAGGUCACCACGGUGAACGGCAGAUUUACAAGCUUGUGUAAAUUGACAUGUUUAUACAUAUCCUAGCUUGCUGCAAUUAUAACACCUUGGGGACUAUGCUUCGCGGGGAAAUUAAUCGAUAAAACAGCACACUCUAGCAAAAUGCUGGAACCGAUCCACAUUGUCCAAGUG